AUGGAGGCGCAACUCGCCGCCACGCCGCCUCAUCUCUCCGAUGACAUCUGCGCGGAGAUCCUCGUCCGCCUGCCGGUCAAGUCCGUCCUCCGCUUCCGCGUCGUCUGCAAGGCGUGGCGCGACAUCACAACCCGCCCGCUCUUCCUCGCCGCCAACGCGCGCCGACAGCCUGCUAAGGUUGUCUUGUACACGUACCUGGACUCGGUGCAACGCGGCUAUGCUGUCGACAUCGCGCUGGACGUGCUCCCUGUCUCCGGCGAGACGGCGGACCAGCGGCGUCUCAUCCGGUACCCCAGGUCCGUGCCUUUGUCUUCCAUGGAUCCCCUCCUACUCGACUCGUGCAACGGCGUCCUCCUAUUCAGGAAGGAUGCGGCGGGCAUCUACUUCCUCUGCAACCCCGUCACGAGGCAGUGGGCCGAGCUCCCCAAGCUCACUGAUGAAAGCUAUGGCCGCCGCCGCCGCACCGUCAACGUUAGAGAGUAUGCUUUCUACUUCCACCAGCAGUCCGGCGAGUACCGGCUCUUGUGCGGCCGCCUUACGUCCGCCGGCCGGACGUGGUGCAUCCUCUCCACCGGUGCCGCCGAGCCUCGGCAUGUAGACACACACGCCGCGGACGCUGGCCUGGAGCCGGACACACCGUCGGAGACGACACCAGUGGCCCUUCACGACAGCAUGCACUGGCCGCCACGUCGUCCUCGGGACUUGUCGUCCAAACAAGAGACGACGACGGAGAUGGUGGCGUUCGACGUGCAGUCAGAGAAGUUCCGCCUGAUGGCGGGGCCGCGGACAAUCACCCACCCGCUGAUGAAGCUGUUCGUCAUGCACGGGCUGCUCGUGGCGGCCAACUUCGGGGCUGCGAAGCACGUCGACCUCUGGUUCCUCGUCGACUACGGCGCCGGGAGGUGGGAACGCCGCCACCAAGUUCCGACGCCGUGGCAAUCAAUAUCGCAUUACUCAUCGAAUUUGUGGUCUACGGCCGCGGCGUGUGACGACCAAGGGAACAUCAUGCUGGGCAGCCACUGCGGUUUGUUGGUGUACAACGUGAGGAUGAAGACGAUUAGGGCUGUCCACUCCGUGGCCACGCCGAGGAACAACGUUCUCGUGUCACGGCAUGUGUUCAGGGAGAGCCUGGUGGAGCACCCUAACUUCAAGAGGUCCUCCGCCGCCGACUUGCCGUUCAUCCACUUCUGGUGCUAA